AUGUACGCCGCCGGGGGGGGCCAUACAGUUCUGCUCACGAGCGAUGGCACGGCCGUGGCCUGCGGCGGCAAUCAUGAGGGCCAGUGUGACAUCCCAGCGCUGGCCGCGGGCCUGAGUUACAUGCAGGCUGCCGCUGGAUUUCGGCACACAGUUCUGCUGAGCAGCGAUGGCGCGGCCUUGGCCUGCGGCAACAAUGAGCAGGGUCAGUGCGUCAUCCCAUUGCUGGAUGCUGGCCUAGCUUACACGCAAGCCGCCGCUGGAUAUGGUCCUACAGUUCUGCUCAGGAGCGAUGGCAGUGCUGUGGCCUUUGGCAACAAUGAUGAGUGCCAAUGUGACAUCCCAGAUCUGAAUGAUGGCCGUACUUACGCGCAGGCUGCCGCUGGAGGUGGCCAUACCGUUCUUCUCAAGAGCGAUGGCGUGGCCGUGACGUGUGGCGACAAUGAAAGGGGUCAGUGCGACAUCCCAGCGUUGGGAGCUUGCCAGAGUUACACGCAUGCAGCUGCCGGAGGUGGUCAUACUGUUUUGCUCAGGAGCGAUGGCGCUGCUGUGGCCUGCGGGAACAAUGAUGAUGGUCAGUGUGACAUCCCAGCGUUGGCCGCGGACCAGAUUUACACGCAGGCUUCUGCUGGAGGUUACCAUACAGUUUUGCUCCGGAACGAUGGCACAGUAGUUGCCUGCGGCGAAAAUUAUUCGGGCCAGUGCGACAUUCCCGUGUUGACCGCGGGCCUGACGUACAGGCAAGUUGCAGCUGGAGAUGGCCAUACCGUUCUGCUCAGAAGCGAUGGCACUGCUGUUGCCUGCGGCAGCGAUUUGAGCGGCCAGUGCAAAGUCCCGGUGUUGGCCACAGGCUUGUUUUUUGCCGCCCAUUUGUUACCAACGUUGCUCUUGCAGGCCUCACUCGUUGACGGAGCGAUCUGUUUCGCGACACUGGGAGGUGAGGAACGCUGCCGAUUCAGGGCAGGGCCCUCCGCUCUCCUGACAGGCGGAUUUUCGAACAGAUGA